UUACUCAUUUAUAGGUAUCAGUGUUUUUCAACCUAAAUUUUCAUUUAUUACCUAAGCUUUGAUAACAAUAAAUUGAUAAACCUUACAAAUACCCUUUAAUCAGUUGAUUAAGUAUUACAAGUAUUUGCUUCCAGUUGCCAACUAAGCCGUGAACAGGUUACAUCUACAUUCCAAAAUGGUUUUACCAGGACCUUUACCUUUAUUGUUCAAAAAAAUCGACGAAAACAAACAAAAAUUUAUCGAAAACCUUCGAGAAGCGGUCGCGAUAAAGUCGGUGUCGGCAUGGCCCCAAAACAGGACGGACAUCAAACAUAUGCUCGAAUGGGCCCAAACGAGACUCGAAGCCCUAGGGGCCACAGUUGAACUGAGAGACAUCGGAAAGCAGACUUUACCAGAUGGUUCUCAAAUACCCCUUCCUCCAGUGCUGCUGGGCAGUUUAGGCAACGAUUUAAAGAAAAAAACCGUUUUGAUUUAUGGUCAUUUGGACGUGCAACCCGCCCUAAAAGAAGACGGUUGGGAUACAGAACCGUUUGUCUUGACUGAAAAAGACGGAAAGUUGUUUGGCCGUGGUGCUUCUGACGAUAAAGGGCCCGUGCUUGGUUGGAUACACGCCCUAGAAUGUUACAAAGCCAUUGGAGAGGAUAUUCCUGUAAACUUGAAAUUUGUGUUUGAAGGCAUGGAGGAGUCGGGCAGUGUAGGUUUGGACCCACUGCUUUAUAGCGAAAGCGAUAAAUUUUUGAAAGGCACCGACUAUGUGUGUAUCUCCGAUAAUUAUUGGCUUGGCUGCGAUAAACCAUGCUUAACUUAUGGACUAAGAGGUUUAUGUUAUUUCCAUGUGGAAGUUGAGUGUGCCACCAAGGAUCUGCAUAGUGGAGUUUAUGGGGGCACAGUGCACGAAGCUAUGCCCGAUCUGAUUCACAUCUUGGGCACGUUAGUAAACAAGGACAACGAAAUCCAAAUUACAAACAUCCACAACGAAGUUGCUCCACGCUCCGCAGAAGAGGAUAAAAUCUAUGAAAAAAUUCAUUUUAAAGUGGACGAGUAUAAGGGCGAUAUCGGCACCAAUAGGCUGUUGCAUAACGAAGUUAAGGAGAGGAUUUUGAUGCACAGAUGGAGAUACCCUUCUCUGUCUAUCCAUGGAAUCGAGGGUGCUUUCAGUGAACCCGGUCAAAAGACCGUCAUUCCCCGCAAAGUGAUUGGGAAAUUCUCGAUUAGGAUUGUGCCCAAUCAGGAGCCAAAUCUGAUCGAAAAGUAUGUGGUCGAUUAUGUGAACCAGAAGUGGAAGGAGUACGGAAGUCCUAAUAAUAUGAAGGUAUACAUGGUUCAUUCUGGAUUGCCCUGGACUGAGGACCCCUUCCAUCCCCAUUACACCGCUGGUGCAAAAGCCACUAAGCAUGUUUACGGAGUAGAACCGGAUCUUACCAGGGAAGGUGGCUCCAUUCCAGUCACUUUGUCACUACAAAAAGCGACAGGGAAAAACGUGAUUUUGCUCCCGGUCGGUUGCGGCAACGACGGGGCGCAUUCUCAAAACGAAAAGAUCGACAUUCGUAAUUAUAUCGAAGGGACUAAGCUUUUGGGAGCUUAUCUGUACGAGGUGUCGCAGUUGUGAUAAAUUAAGCUUUGGAAUCCCACAUUUUUUUUUUUUUACUUUAUAAUCUUUGUAAUGCCAAGCGUUAUCAUUAUACUUUAAGUGUUUAAAUGCUUAUACAAUUAUUAUAUAUCUAUAUUAAAUUUGAAUAAAAGUUCUUAUAUUUAUAUUAUUA